AUGCCCACUCUUCGAAUUCCUCUCCGGAAGCCUGUCCGGCCACAGCAGAUUUACCGCCAUCUCGAAGCCGUAACGUCUUCUUCUACCACACGAAUUCCUCUUCCGAAACCAAUACAACCCUUACAUGUCUAUCGCCAUCUUCUCCGUGCAGCUACAUACUUUCCCAAUGUCUGUCGACCCUAUCUUCAAGGCCGAAUCAAAUUCACCUUCCGUCGAGAGCGGACACGAGCCACAAAAUCAGAAGCAAAGCUAGCCAAAUCUAAGCACAAAGGUGCCCUUGAGCAGGAGCAUUUUCUUCGCACAAAGGCCCUUGCAGAUGCUAAGAGGAACUUGGUCGUUCUCAAUGCCGCAUUGGCGGGGGAUAUCAUACGCUUCCGCCGCGUGUUAUGGCUAUGCUUUGGGAAACUGGGCAAGAGACGCCGCGAGCUCAUGGCGCUUUUUGUUAAAAAGCAACCCGAUUCUCCGCUCGAUUCCCGCCAGCUCGAGGAAAAAAUGGCCGCCAUGGAGAGGGAAAGGCAAAAGAAGGAGGUCUUGCGCCAAACCCUUCCCACAAAGCGCGUGUUUGACAGGACCGAUCCUACUCCGUGGGUGAACCAAAAGCUCAGUCCUAUCGAAGACAACUGGGAUAUUGCCAAGUUGCGCGAAUUCUUCAGUUCGCAAAAGCAGCAUCAGGACCGCUCAGCUACGCCUGCCGCUUGGCCGCGGAAGUCCCUACCCAAUCUCAAUCCCCAAGCCUGGGUCCCCAAGACAGAUGCAUGGGGGCGACCAACAGCAGCACGGAGAGUAACGAAGAAGGUCCGGUUGUGGUGGAAAUCGAUGGCAGACAAAAUGAUGCCGCCUUUGGACAAGGAGGAGUGGAAUCUUCUGCAGUCUGUUGCAAUUGGUGAAGCGCCUCAUUCUACCUGGGAAAUGCCACCACGUAGGCCUGUUGCCAUACCCGCCGAGAAUACUGCCCAUGAGAAAUUCCCUUGGGCCGCCUACGCUACUAUUCCUAUCCGCGACGUCGAGAGACCUCGGUCUCGGAAUUACACCCGCCUCACAGGCAAAACGGACGAUGGCCCGUACUCGCAGACCGCGACUAGACUGCGUGAGGGUUCUCCAUAUAGCAACCGACAACUCCGACGGGAAUUCAGCAGGGUGUGGGAAGCAUCCUCAUAUGAACAGCUCGAUAGCACCAACAAGAGCAAGCCGCGAAAGAAAUAUGUUUGGGGCAGCACAAUGGCUGUUCUGCCAGCCGCAUCUGGGACCCAACGACAGAUCUUUGAGGGGGUUGACUCCAAAGGUCAACCAAGUCGUAAAGAGUAA